CUACUUUUGCCCACUGGUGGUCCCGGUAGUAACUAAGAUGAAUCUGGUUAGAUAAAAAAGGGGACUUGUGAGCUUGUAUGUACUUCUGUCUUUGGUAUUGUGUUUAUUAUAAAGUGUUCAAAGUUAUGUCACAAAAUUUUAAUUUAAGUCGUAAUUAACAAAUGGCAGUGUCUACUUGACGCAACGAUUAAACCGAUAUUUCGUGAAUUAAUUAAUUUUAUUUUUUGAACGACAAUGCAAAUAGCUCGUCUAAAUAAAUUGGAUUUGUUCGCAUUGAUCUUUCGAGGUUAUGGAACCCAAAGAUGCCAUAAUUACUACGAGAUAUUGGAUGUUUCGCCAAAUUGUUCGCAAAAAGAAAUAAGAAGUGCCUUUAUCGCAUUAUCGAAACAAUUUCAUCCCGACAUUAUGGGAGAGAAAGGACACGAUAAGUUUGUAAUAUUGCAAGAAGCUUACAAUGUUCUCAGUAAGGAACACACCAGGAAGGAAUACGACAUGAGUUUAAAAUAUAAUACUAAUUCAUCAUUUUCUUCGAAGCCUGAUCAAAGAACAAAACCUAAUCCUUACCAUGUAUACAGAUCAGACUGGGAAGAAAGAAUGGCAAGAGGAAAAUGGGAACCACGUAACGAUAAUAUUAAUCGCGAAGGACAUAAAUCAAGGAAUCAUCAGUUUCUACUCUACACUGCAUUUGGAAUGCUAUGUGUAUUUUUUCAAUUGAUAAUGGUGAAUCAAGGAUUAUCGAGAGUCAAUUUAAUGCGAAUGAAAUAUCAACGUGAUUAUAAAGAAAUGCACGAAAAUUAUGGAAGUUUGACGAGGGAAGAAAAAAUGCAUCUCAAGAAGAAAAAGAUGAAGUUGACCGAGGAAGAGCAAAGUAAAAGAGGAUAUAAUGAUGAAUAAGAUGCUUUCGUCAAGAUUAUUAUGAAGUUUGAAACGCAUAUUUUUUGAGUGUCUUUAUUUAUUUUACGUUUUUAAAUGGUUAUUCAGAUAAUUUAUUUAUUUUAUUUAUUAAAUAUGGAAGAAAUUUAAAAAAGUUGACCAGUGCAAGAUGUUCUACGGUUAUCUUUGCAAACAAAUUUUUAAAAUCAUUUUACGAUCAAUCAUAUCCGAUUAAUUAUGUUUUAUUUACUUGAUUAUAAUUUAAUAAAUUUUAUAUAUUUGUAAACAAUUAGAUUAUAUAUCCAUUUGUAAAAGUGAUAUUUGUUUCAGAUGAAAAGUAAAAAGACUACUUUAGUAA